CUUCCCCCGGCACAGGCCCCAGCUAGCUCAGGCUAUGUCAGCCCAGAAUCAGCAUGGCCAUCCGCCUGUGGGUGGUCGCCCUUACCUUGGCUGCCCUCCUCGUGGUGGACAGGGAGGGGCCAGUGUCAGCAGGAAGGCCCAUUUUCUUAAGAAUGCCCAUCUGUGAGCACAUGGCGGAGUCUCCACACUGUUCCCAGAUGUCCAGCCUGGUCUGCGGCACUGACGGGGUCACGUAUGACAGUGAGUGCCAGCUCUGCUUGACCCAGAUGAAGGUCACCCCCACCUUACCCUCAGCUUGCCUGGGUGGGUCCCAUCUCUGUGCAGACGCAUCUGAAAGCAGCAAGAGGACCUGCCUCAUCCUUCACACACACUCGGCCUAACCGUCCUCCGACAUGACUGCGCCCCUAACAGACUGAGCACAAGUGUAAUG